UUUAUUUUAUUUUUUCAGAAUAAUGAAUCUUCUUACCUUGCCUACUUACUAUAACUAUUUUUUUACAAUUUAUUUGUUGGGAGUAUUCAAAUAGUGGUAGGUUGUAUGUAUAGUAUUUUUUUAUGUUUUCUAAGAAACAAGGUUACAGUUGAAAACGGAUCAAUGAAUUUAAUUGACGAAAGAAAAGGGAACGGAUAAUUUUGACAAACUUCGCAAAGCGAACGUUCAAAAAUAUAUAAGGAUUUACAAGCCGUAUGUUUACGCACUAGGAGAUUAUCUGGAGCAGAUUCUGCGUUGCUCUAACAUAUGAAACUAUCUGGAUUUAGAGAGUGGGAGCCCCGCGGAGAAAUGGUAUAUCGCUCGUUACCCGUUAGCGUCCUUAUCAGUGAUCGACAAGGGCUCAAGUAGUGUGCUGGCAUAGCAGCUUUUCGUUAAGUUGUGUGUUGAAGCCACCUACAGGUGAACAGUGGUUAGGGAACAGUAACACCGGCGAUAGAGAAAAGCAGGCGAAACUAAUCGCAAGGCGGUACAAUCUAAUGUUUUGCAGUAGUGGGAAUAAAGUGCUCUAAGUUCUCUACAGCUAGAACUGUAACAACCUCCGUCUCUUUGUAUUCCAGGCAACCUUAACACGGCGGUUUCUACCUCGGACGGACAGGGCUUUUGCAAUUUGAAUUUGGAAUUUAGUGAACAAAAAAUGGAUUUCAAAGUGCCGAGCAUAGUUUGCCAAUACGGUAGUGAUUGUUACCGUGUAAAUCCGCAUCAUUUCAACGAAUACUCGCAUCCACACAUUGAAACACUUUUGUCAAAUGUCGAAUCCAUCAACCAAGUCGUCGUUCCGGAACAAACAAAAAUCAACAAAAGUGUGUUCGAAGAGCAAAUCCGCAUCGUAGCGAAGCAGUUCCCCCAUCUUGCAGAUGGCAUUGAAUACUCAACAAAUGAGAGUGAAGUGGUGGAUACUGGGGCCACUUCACUCAAGCAUGUUUCUUCAGAAACAAAACCGUCGCCUGCUCCUCCGACCGAAAACAAGAAUGUGUUCGAAAGAGGCUUCGUUGAACAUAGAACUGAAAAGGCCACAGAGACAGAAGAAUCCAUUCCGGUGCCGGUUUCCGAGCCAGAAGAUGUUGAUACAGAAGCUUCUCUGCGGGCAGGUGGUUCGUCAACACCGGUUAUCAAUGAUUACUUUCUGGUAGUUGCACCCAAGGGUCGAAUGGCGCAAAAGCUAGCUGCUGCGGAACCGUACAACUUUUUUCUUACCACCAUCACCGAUUCCGAACCCACGCACAGCGAACCCCUGUCGGUAACGUUUCUGGAGCUACUUGAUUCAAGCCUUGGCCAACUAGAAUCUUCGGUCCAAAUUAUCUGCUUAGUCGACAUAGAGUGGCUCCUGGCGAAUUACUAUUUUGCCGGCUACAAAAAUCUUCCGCUGUUAAUUCUGUACGGUUUGGAAACGCCCGAACCUCUAAUGGAAUCGAUGAAGAAACCAAAUGUAACAGCAAUUAAGGUGGACAUCAAAACACCGUUUGGGGUGCAUCACACAAAGAUGGGACUGUACGGGUAUCGGGAUGGCUCGAUGCGCAUCGUCAUAUCGACGGCGAACCUGUAUGAAAACGACUGGCAUAAUCGUACCCAGGGGUUGUGGAUUAGCCCUCGAUUACCGGCUGUACCGGAAGAUGCGGACACUGCCUUCGGUGAAAGUGUUACCGAUUUCCGAUCCAAUCUGCUCGCCUACCUAGAUGCUUACAAGUUUCCACAGUUACAACCGUGGAUGGCAAGGAUAAGACGAACGGACUUUUCGGAUGUCAAAGUAUGCUUGGUUGCAUCGGUCCCCGGAGAACACGUGGACACGCUGAAGAAACCACAAAAUCACUGGGGACAUCCCCAGUUAGGCUAUCUAUUGGAGAAAUAUGCGGCACCGAUCGAUGAUAGCUGCCCGUUGGUAGCGCAAAGCUCCAGCAUAGGAAUUUUUGGUCCGACACCCGAAUCGUGGAUUUUCGGUGAAAUCAUGGCGAAUUUCGGGAAAAGCAGUGCACCCGUUGGGACGCGGAGAAUGCCCGCUUUCUGCAUGAUCUAUCCAAGCUACUCAAACGUAGAACAAAGUCACGACGCCUUGCUCGGUGGCGGAUGUUUACCGUAUGAACGUGAUAUGCAUUCGAAGCAAGAGUGGCUCAAGGCAUACCUUCACCAGUGGUGCAGUCGAUCACGCAACCGGAACAAGGCGAUGCCACAUAUCAAAACCUACUGUCGAUGGUCGCAUCGUGGUCUGUAUUGGUUCCUGCUGACAUCCGCCAACCUGUCCAAAUCGGCCUGGGGUGUGUACAACAAAGCGGGACGCUUCGAGAAACCGCUCCGGAUCAAUAGCUAUGAAGCGGGUGUCCUGUUUCUGCCCAAACUGCUGCUGGAUGAGGACUUCUUUCCAAUGGAAGCAGACAAGAAACAUCCCCAGUUUCCGAUGCCGUAUGAUGUUCCGAUCAUUCCAUACGCACCGGAGGACACACCGUUUUUCAUCGAUUAUCUGCGCAAGGAAGAUGAGGAGGAACUUGAUUGAUUAUGUAUCUAUAUGAAGUAAGAUAAAUAAGAGCGAACUGAUAGUGACCAAUGUGAAUAAAGUUAGUCGUAAGCAAACCUCCACCGGAGACAAUGUUAAAAGACCAUAAAAAACUAUUGUAUGUCAUUGUUAAACAAUAAAAUGGGAAGUAUUCAAUUAUUUUGCUUAA